AUGACAGCUGAAGCUAUCACAGAACGUAUUUCUAUGGAACCUGACAAUUUGGAGAUCCCAGCGCCCGCUGAGGUCAAAAGAAUCUAUAUUUCGAAUUUGGACUUUAGCACAACCGAGGAGGAGCUCAAGCACUUCCUACUGGACUACAAUGUUCUGACAGUGCUGAUACCCAGCCAGACUAUUCGUGGCUUCAGAAACAGCAGCAUGAGACCCCUGGGAAUCGGAUACGCCGAUUUCGGCACAGCCGAAGAUGCUCAAAACGCUGUGACAAAUCUUAAUGGUCAGAAGCUCAACGACCGCAUCCUGAAAAUCAAGGUGUACGUUCCCUUUAGCGCCGCUGCUGCGAAAAACAACCGCAAGGACCGCAAACUUUCCAAGCGGAAGGAUAGCACGUCUAGAGUUGUAGAACCCCGAGAACAAACGACCGAAACGGACCCAGCCAAUGCCGAGGCCGACCCUGGCCAACUUAUCGGUGAUGAAACCACCGCUGUGCCAGUAUCAAACCUCCAAAAAUCGGAUCUUGAGCCGGUUUCAAGCGACACCGUGUAUUGCGCGUAUUUACCUUCCAACGUCACAGACGUAGAGCUACGCGAGUUCUUCAUCGAUUACGACCCGCAAGAUAUAUACGUCUACCGUAGUAACGUGUCAAGACGUCGGAUCCAUUUGCACCGGCGCUUCACCGCAGCUCUAGUUACAUUGGGGGCCCCAGAUUCCCUUGAUAAUGCCUUGAGUCAGUUGUCACCCCAAAAGUUUAUGGGCAAAAAAAUAAGUCUCAGACCCGCACGACUAUCCAAGAUCCAAGAGGUCAAACUAGCGGCCGCGAAAAAACUGGAGCUUGAACAGGCUCAAGCGCGCAAGAAGUCCAUAGCUGAGGCCACUAAAGUAAUUGCAGAGAACCAAGAGCUGGAGGCCGCCGAAGAAGGAAGCUAA